AUGUCGACAUACAAAUUGUACUAUUUCAACGCUCGAGGCCGCGCCGAAGUUUCUCGACUUAUUUUUGUUGCUGCUGGACAAAAGUUUGAAGACAUUCGCUACGAAGGUAGUGAAUGGCUAUCAUACAAAUCUGAAAUGCCCUUGGGUCAGAUGCCUGUUCUCGAAGUCGAUGGAGUCAAAUUGCCCCAAUCAUUGUCGAUUGCUCGUUUCCUUGCCAAACAGUUUAAUCUUGCAGGUAAAGACAAUCUUGAACAAGCCAAAGUCGAUGCCGUUGCUGAUACAAUUGCUGAUGGAAUGGCUAAAUUUGGACCAAUUCGCCGAGAAGUUGAUGAAGCCAAAAAACAAGCAGACAUGGAAAAGUUCCUUGACGAUGAACUACCGAAACAUUUACAAAAUCUUGAAGUUCUGGCGAAGGCAUACAGCAACGGUAGCUCAUUCUUUGUUGGAAAUCAUCUCACAUGGUGCGAUCUAUUAGUCUAUGACAUGCUUGAAAAUAUUCUUCAUAUCGAUGCCAGUGCUCUCAAUCGUUAUUCCUGGUUACAACGUAAUCGUGGAGAGGUCGAGAAACAACCGAAUAUUGCCGCCUAUCUUAAGAAUCGACCGCAGACACUAUUUUAA